GUUUUAAGUAUGUAGAAAACAAUUAACAAAUUAUUUAAUUAAAACUAAUAAAAAUCUGCAAUUUUCGGUUUCAAUUUUGAUGUGACAACACUAUAGUUAUAAUUUAAUCAAAUAAAAUAAGUUUUUAAUUUGAGGUUGUUCUUGGCUCCCGGUCUAUAACUUGGGAAAAUUAUAACGUGGGUCCAACCGCCCCGGUAAAAAGGUGACCGACGGUCAGUCUAGGCGCGAUCGCGACGGCUUCAAUAACAACAAAACUACCCUCACUUUCAAAUUAUCAUUAUACUGACACGCCAUCACCACUUUUGGAAAAUUUACAUUCUACAUAGACCGGUUUUUUUUUAAAUUAAUUUGCCCUCCAUAUAUGUAUUGAACAUGUAUGAAGUAAUCUUUUCCAUAAAGCAUUAAGCCGUAUUUAUUUCUUUAAAAAAAAUUAAUAUGGGGUGUGCGAGUAGCGCUCCGCUUGUAGAACAAGGAAAGCAUUUGGUUGAGGGUGUGAAAGAUGCGGCCAGUGAUACUGUUAACAAAGGAGAGAAAGCUUUACAUAACGCCACUGACACAAUUAAAGAAGGAGUCUCCUCGGGAAUAGACACAGUAAAAGAGACCGUACAGUCGGCCAUAAACACGGCGGAAGAAUCGGUCGGUUCUGUCGCACAAAAAAUCGGAGAAACUUUCAACUUCACCAGUUCGAAAGCCAACGAAUUGGAAGACACUAAACAAACUUUAAGUUCAACCAAAGACGACCUUGUGGGAAACGUAUCGGAAAGCGCUGCCGAAGUUGUAUCCGAAGCCGAAACCGUUAUAGUAUCAGAAACCGAACAUGCCCGUGAAGCUUUUCAGUCUGGAACGUCACCGCUUUUCGAAACCGUUCAUUCUAUGGACGAUGAGAUGGCUAGUGCGUUAAAGGAGCUAGAGGUGCACGGACUAGAUGACUUCCAUGAAAAAACCAAAGAUUUGGAGGAAUCCGUGAUACAAAGUGGCACCGAAGUAUUGGAGGAUCUCGAAAAUGACACCAAAGAUCACUUGGGUGAAAGUGUGAAGAAGGUCGAGAUGAAAGUGGAAGAGCUGAUGGAAGAUGGUAGUACGGUCAAAGUUGAGGAAAAAGUGGUGGAAGUUGAAGCGAAAAAACAUCCAGAAAAGGAGGAUCCUCAACCGACAUUUUGGGAGGCAGCCGCCGACGCCAUCUUAAUGCGGAAGAACAUAAAACAUUUGGAACCGCUGGAUUUUGGGAAAGAGAGGAUUUUUUUUGCAUCGUCCGAAAAGGCCGAGCUUAAACAGUCGGACAAUGUUAAUAUGAAACAAAACGAUAUUAUUAUUGAAAAUACUGAAUAAGUUUUAUAUUUUAAAAUUGUCUUAUAUGUAUAUAGUGUGUUCGAGUUAAGGUGCAAGCGAUUUAGGGAUAGGGAAUGUCAGUUUUAUAGCAAAGAAAUUAAUGAUAUGCAUUAUUCUAGGUUACUGGGCGUCUCAGAAAAAUUAUGGAAACCAUUAGCACAGAAUCAUGUUUUUACUUUCAAAACCAUCCUCGGGAAUUGUUCUAUAUUAUUGUGAAAAAAUUAUUGAAAUGCGUUUAAUGGUUAUUUUCUUAAGUUACCUAUAGUUUCUUAAGUCUUUCUUAAGUUAUAUUCAAAAAUGUCCGUUAUCAAAUAAAAAUCUUAAUUUCACCAUUUGAACUCAAAGUUCAAAUUUAUUGGUUCUUAAGUUCUGGGUUGACAAAAUUGGCUCUAACUAAAGUUUUUGAGGUACAAAAAACGUUUUUACAAUUAUGAAAUUUAUGGGUAAGAAUUGCUCUUUUUGGCCAAAAACCCUUUUAAGGGGGACAGGGAGUACUGUACUUGGUACAUCAAUUAAGUAUAGCAAUACAUUAAAAAAAAAUAAGCAUCAAAUCCAAACUACAUUUCACUGAUUAAAAAAUAUAGUGAAUGCAAAACUAUAUUGUCAGACUUAAUUAAAAAUGCAAACAUUUUAUCAGAAACCCAAAAAGGUUAUACCAAACAGUAAAAGAAGUAACGAAUCAGAGUCGACCAAAAGGGCAAGUCAAUUAUAAUUGAUGAUAGUGAAGAGAUCUCUAAUCCUCUUUUAAUGGCAGAUGUUUUCUAUAAGUACUUUAGUAAAAUAGAAAGGAAGUUAGUAACUCAAGUAAGUUUGUUAAAGAAUGGAUUGAUGGUGGGGGGGGGGGGAGAUGAUGGAUCUCUGUAGAAAUUAUUAAAAUCACGAUGAAACCUCUUAUACAUCUAAAAAAUGGUAUCUAUCCAAAUAUUUUCAAAACUUCAACUGUUAUUCCAAUAUAAAAGUUGAAUAAAUCUGAUGAAAAAAACUAUUUACUCUACCAUAUCAAUUUAGAUAUAGAGAGAAGCUUAGAACAAAAUGCUUUGACCAAAAUAACUCAAUUUGUGGUUGAUAGUUUUAAUGAGGGUUAAACACUAUUAGCACUCUUUCUUAACUUGUCGAAAGAAUUUGACAGUGGAGUACUUCUUAAGAAACUUGAGAUAAUUGGUAUUAGAGGUAAAGUACUAAGUUUGUUUAAACCUUACCUUGGUGAUCAAAUGCAAGUUGUAAAAAUUGGAGAAAUUAGACAUUGGAUCUAGGUCGGUGCUUUUAGGGAGUGUGAGAAGCAUUUAGAUCUUCUAACUCUAAAUACUGAGAAAACUAAUCUCAUUACCUUUGGUAUGUCUAAUAGACUACCUAGUAGAGGCAAACUUGUCAUAAAAGGCACAUAAAAUAUAUAGGAGUAUUCUUGAAUCAAUGUGUAUGGAUAAAUCAUGAGUUAAUACAGGUAUUUUUUUAUACCCUUAUAGUUAAAGAACACCUUAUCAAGCACUUGUUGAGUCUGAGGGGUGCUACGUGUAAAAGUGUCCUAUCCCUACUCCUUAUUAGGUACUUAAACAGUUAUUGUUAAAAACCAUGUUGUUUAAGCAUAAGAUGUAUCCAACAGGAGCUAUUUUUUAAAGAGAGAUUUACUAAAUAUAAGGCAAUUGAACAUGCUUAACAAGGUUUUAUUUGUUUCAACUUAAAGAUUCAUUUCAAUUAUCUUAUCCAAAAUAUUUGACAUAUUUCUGAACGAUCUAAAAACUGCUUCCAAUUAGGUAUCAUAAAAUAAAAAUAAAAUUCACCUGUGGUUAACUGAUAAUUCUAUGCAAUACGCAUGUUUUCUUUGUUUUUUUAAUCUAUUUUGGUGAUUUUGUAUUACAGCUUUGUUCUUUCCAUUUUAGCAUAACGUGUUAAUUCUACAAUCUCCAAUUAUUUACCUACGGUGUUAAUACUGUAGUGACACUAACAACUAAUUAAUGUAAUAAUUGUUUGAUAUUGCCGAUCCUGUUCUCUAUAUUCUUUUUUUGGUCAAGGUGCACAAACAGACUUAGAGAGAUUUAUGGUAAAUAAAUCUUUUUGUAUUUAUAUUUCUUAAAAUAUUUUAAUUAUUUCGUGUAAAUAUCCUGAAAAAUAGUGAAAGUUUGAUAAAAAAAAAUGCCCCAACCAAAGCAUGCCUAACUCAGAGUGCCGUUUUUACCCUCAAAUUUAUCCUCAGGAACUGUUUUAAUGUAAAAAAAAUUGAAAUAUUUCUUCUUUCAUUAUUUGAACGCUUUUUAAAAUCUUCUCAAAAACGGUUAAAAUUUGAUAACCAUGUAUAUAUACUAUAUAGUUUUGAUUUUAAUUUAACAUAUUCUUGCAUAUAUGGACACGAACGAAAAUACGAUGUAAUUUAUUCAGAAAACUAAUAUAUUCCUGAUCUAUUUAGAGAAUAACAAACAUUCGCUCAAUGUUCAAGACACUCAUAGAACUUUGCCUACAGUAUGCACCUUAACGUGGACACACUGUACUUGCUUAAUAUUAUAUUAAAAAUUGUAAAUACACUGAAAUAUAUGAAUAAAUGUUUUUUUUUUCAA